AUGCAAGUUUCUCUAUGGCUUUUCGUUAUAUUUGUGCUAUUAGCUGGAUCAGAAACUAGCAAUGCAAUCUCAUCCGUCUUUGCAGCUAGUUCAUCCGAGUGUUCAUCCAUUGAUAUUUGCUAUGAAGGAGGUGCAAAAUCAACACCUUGUACAAUCUCAAACGGCAAUUGUCCAGCAUGUGUCACAUUCUCAGAUAACGGGUGCUACGUUCUAUUAAACGGUGUGUGUCCAUUUGGUGUAGACUGUACAUCCAUGUGGAACGGAAUGUCUUCUUCUACUUCUAGUGGAAGCACGACAUCGUCUACGAAGACGAAUUCGGAGACGGCGAGCGAAAGUAGCACGACAACAAUCAGUACGCCAAAUUCUCCGCCCUCUCCGACAACAGAAACGUCUGUGAAGCCGACGUCAGGUGAGAGCGAAACGGUUGCAAGCCCUUCUAGUGAUACAGCGUCAAGCACCUCGGAUAGCAGUGGAUCAACAAUGAAACAAUCGGUUAGCGGUGGUUCUGAUAUGAGUGUGGUCUUUGCCAUUAUUGGCGCUGCAAUCGGUGUCAUUGCCGUAGCUGUGAUUUUCCUGACGCUUGUGCGACGCUCGAAGGCUGCGCACGACGAGGACGACGAUGAUAUGACAAACACCCCGCCUGCGUUUACCAAGGCACCGGCAGUGCAUGCAUCUCAAAGCAAUGCGAGCGGUGCCAUGUACUCAAGUUACAAUUGUAGUAAUCGGACAACUGGCAUGGGUUCUGGCAAUAACGCCGAGAUUGGGCUGGAUGCGUCCAAGGGCGUCUCCAUGAAUGCUGUGAGCUACUACAAUCAGCAGCCCCCGCACAAUUCUGCAGCACCGUCGCCACGUGUGGCAGGGCGGGCAAUCCCUUCGCAACCGGUGGGAAUGAUCUCAAACGCCAGCAUGGCUCGCCCCUAUGGCGGAAGUCAAAAUUUUGGCACAUCUAGUGCCGUUAAUGGCUUCGGCGCCACCGGUUAUGGACAAUCUGGCGUUGGGGUGAAUAAUCAGGUACCACCGACACCGGUGCAGCAUAUUCCGAUGGGUGGUGUGGCACCUUCACCCCACGUGCGAAGAGAGUCGUACGAAUUCUAG